GAACAACAACAACCACCACAAGGCAAUCUUAGCGCUCACUCAACAGCUGUUUUCUGAUGCUCUCGCUCUGUCGCCCUCUCACGCUCAGCAGCAACAGCAGGUGCAACCAGCAGUUCGUAACAAGUGCCGAACCGAAGCUUUCGUCUAUCGCUGAGACAGUCAACAACAGUUUGAAGUGCGCUCACGAGUCAGUUUGAAAACGACUUUCGUGCAAAGCGGACGUAUGACCGGUGACAACACUGAGCUUGUAUUGAGACCAAAAAUUUGUAUAUUUGAUAUCAACUUUGGCGCGACUCUCUCGCAGACAACAAUCGAAGUGAAAAAAGGAAAACAGUAGAAAAACAAUAACGAAAAGUUGCAUGGAAAAUUAAAAGAAAAAGUGGCGUGUGAAGCAACUGCAACUGCAAUAAGUGCGGCAGCCUAGACUGCAGUGUGUGUAAGUGUAUGAGAGUGUGUGUCUGUGUUUGUGUCGCCUAUUUACCGUUGAAAAGUUUUGCGACUUUUUAAAAGUGUUGCCAAGUGUAACAGGCACAACAAAAAAAAAAAAAACAAAAAGCAAAACAACAACAACAGUUUCUACAUAGAUAUCGUUACAAAGCUCAGGGAGUGGACAUGUCUGCGUCGAAACUGGAGCAGCACUCAAAGCCCAUACUGAGUCCAACACGAUCCCUUGACGAAGGUUUCGAAAGUGAUCCGGAUCGUGUUUCAACUGAUUCAGAGCAUCAAACAAGUGCAACUGCGACCAGCAGCAGCAGCAAUAGCAACAACAAUGCCAGCAAGUUAGCGCUGCUGAGCUCAGCGGCAACUGGCGGUGCAAGUAGCAACAGCCCCAGCACCGGCAGUAGCGGUGGCAGCCUAACUGAGAAGCCCACAAUACGAGCAACAGGCGUUGGACUAAGCCUAGCUGCACCACAGCUGCAACGUCGUGAAUACCAUAAGGAUCCAACACAACAACAACAACAGCAGCAACCACAACAGCAGCAGCAACAACACCAGCACCAGCACCAACAGCAGCAGCGUCUACAAUAUCAGAAACAACGUCAACCUUUGGUGGCCAGCGCUGCCAAUAGCAUACACAAUCACCGACUGACUAGCGUCGCAGUCAAUCCUGCUGCAGGCUUCAGACGAGGACGGCGCUUGCACUUGACUCCGCCGGCGCGCGGCGCAUUACGUUCACACUCUGUGGACGCCAUUGGACGUCAACGACAUGGCUAUGAUCCCAGCAGUCUAAUACUCAAACAUGAUGGCAAUGGAAAUGUGAGCAGCUGCAGCAGCAGCAGCAGCAACGCUGCUAACAGUCGCAUGCUUAACUACAAGAGUAGCGCGUCUAGCGUUACGGGCGCUGGUGCGGCUGCCGGACAAGCGGCAUUGCUGGUGCAGCCCAUUUCAAGUGCUACAUUGGGCGAUGUGGUUAGUGUAGUGGAUGCUGGCGUUGGCUCCCCAGUGAUCGCCUCGGCCACGCACAGUCUGUACACAUUCUAUCCGGCGGAGGGCAAUCUGCAGGUGUGGCAAACGGAAUGCGGCGAUCUGACCUACAAAUCGUCGAGGAAUAUGCAUCAACUGCACAAGGCGCCAGUUUGUUGGACACAGUCCAUACCCAGGCAAGCAAGACGGUACAUUACACCAGCCGCGGCUGCAAGCACGGCAACUGCAGCAGGCGCCACAAACGCGGGCGCUACUAGUCUAGCGGUUUAUCCUACGGCCACAGCGCAGGUUUACCGCUCAAAUAAUGGACUUGAUGUACUUGACUGUGCCGGACUAGACCACCAUACAGCAACAGCAACAACAACCACGGGAAGCGGCUUUUCGCAGCGUCUGCGAGAGCUCGCAGCUUCCGCUGGACUCUUGUCUUUGAAGCCUCGCCAACCAUUGAAGCCUGUUAUCAAGACACGCGGCUCACCUGGUCCCGAAUUUCCCAAAAAGGUUACAUUCAGCGCAUUUGCCACAGUGCAAGUGGUGUGAUCGAUUGUCUAGUGGGCGUGGAAAAAUGCCUACUGCAAGCUCUUUUGGCUAGAUUGCCAAUGUACUUGCCUUGUUAACCGUUAUUGUUAUUUUGUUGCUGUUGUUAAAUGUUUAGCAUUAUACUAUAUAUCCGGCAUCUGGCAGAUUUGGAAUUACAAUUAUAAUACAUAUGCUUAAGUUAAUUUUAAAUUUGUGCCAUGUCUUUGGCUUGAAACUGUAAUACCAACCACACCUCACCUGUACUCUUCAAAUAUGCUCCAUUUUCAUUUAUUAUCUGCAAGACUGACAUUUCAAACUUCCCCUAAUUGGCUAUCAAAGUAUUCUUUCCAAAUUCCGCACAGUAUUUCUGACUUACACAUUCCUAUUCUCUGAACCUCUUGCAAUCUAUGUAAUACAAAAAGAACCAAUCCAAAAUAAAGACUACAACAAAAGCUUUUUAUUUUCUGUCAAAUUGUAAAUAUGUAUGAAUUUUGCAUAGUGUAGAAAUUUAAUUCGAUAAGUGACAUGAUAGUUUAACAGACAUUCAUAAAUAUAAUAACUUUGUAUACUAUAAAAAACACUGUCUAAUGUAAACAACAAGCAGACAAGCUAUUUGAAUGCACAGAAGUCAGGCUGUAUUUGAAUUUUAAAUAUGGUCAUUAUUAUCCCGAACUCGAAUUAUGUAUCUUGUACGCAAUUUAAGCUUAAAUGUAUUUCUACAAUAUCCAUAAAUAAAUAAUAAAAAAAAAU